AUGUCUGUGCCCUCAUACCUAGAUCAAAAUGCUCCCACCGAAAUCUCGAUUCCUCACGGCGCAGAAUGGCGGUUUGAGGUCCCCUACAAAACCAUAAUGACUCUCACCGUCAAAGACGGCGUAGGCGAGAUCUUCGGCACUGAACUUCCAAACGAUGUUGCUCUUCGGCUCACCGGACGUAAAGGUGCCGUUUACGCGCCGCUUUCCUCGGGCUGUCGGCUCCAAUUCGAAACACAUCCCAAUAGAGACAACAUAAAUACCUCCAACGAGGACGAGCUGGUACACCAAUACGUGAGCACCGAUACGGUCGUGCCUCAGCUUGCCAACCUAAGUUUUGCGCUCGAGGUGGUGCGUCUGCAGGCGGCGGCAGACCGUCUGAGACAGAAAACAGGACCAAAGGUGUUGAUUGUGGGAAACAGCUUGGCGGGAAAGACGGCUGCGGCCAAGACUUUGGUCUCAUAUGCGGCCAAGAUGGAGCGUGUGCCUGUGCUUGUCAAUUUGGACCCUAAAGAGGGCGUAUUUUCGCUUCCCGGGCUGCUCACAGCUACGGCCGUCCGUGAUUUUUUAGAUGUAGAAAGUGUCAAUGGCUGGGGUGGCUCGCCCACCACCGGUGCCACGCCGCAUAUCCCCAAACAGCCGCUUGUGAGAAGUUACGGGUUCGUGGGUGUCUCCGAAAACGUCGAGCUAUACAAGUAUCAAUUAGAACAGCUAGGUAGAGCUACUCUUGCAAGACUCAAGGAUGAUGACGAUGCGCGUGUGGGUGGCCUUGUGGUCGACACCCCUCCGUUGACAAUGAAGGAUAUCGAUGUCAUCGAAACCAUUGUUCUGAGCUUCUCCAUCGACCUUAUAGUGGUGGCCGGAAACGACCGGUUGGUCGUGGAUCUAGGCCGGAAAUUCGAGCUGCAAAUCUCUCAAAACGCCCUUGCAGUUGUCAAGAUCAGCCGCUGCAAUGCCGUGACCGAGAUCGAAGAGUCGUUUGUGCGUAAAUGUCAGGAGGACACCAUCCGUGAGUACUUUAACGGUAAUUUCCGCACGCGUCUAUCUCCGCUCAAGUUCGAUGUCGACAUGAAAACAUACGUCAUCUACAAGGUGGCUCGCCUCCUGGACUACACCUCACAGAUGGCAUUUCUUCCGUCGGGAGACUCGUAUACUGCUGAUGUUGAAGGUGAGGAAGCACCCCAGAAGGAGGAGUCUCUCGAAAAGUAUUUCGUCAAGCUCGACGAUCCCAACAGCUCCAACUUGGAAAAUUCCAUCAUUGUCAUCACGCUGGUGCCAGUCCCUGCGAACGGUGUUGUACUGCCCCUGGAACUUCUAGACUCCAGUGUCUUAGGGUAUGCACAUGUCCUGAAAGUAGACGAUGCGAAGCAGAAGAUGUCGAUGUUAUUUCCUUCAUCAAACAACAUUCCGCGCCAUGUUCUUAUUGCCACCGAUAUCGGAUACAUGGAGUAA